AUGCUCAAGACGUCCACCGCCUUUGUUCUUCUCGCUUCUCUUGUCAGCGCUGCUCCCACAGCCCUUGACAAACCCUUGACAGUUCCUCUGUCGCGCGACGUGGCUAAGCCGGCCGCCUCACCUGAGGAACAAGCGUUCCGCAGCGACGUUCACCUGCUCUCCAAGUGGCCCCAGCUGCUGUACCCCGAGGCGCGCUCUAAGAUCCGCUCCAAGCUUCGCUCCAAAACGCAGGGGGACGCUGUUACCGAGGACCUGAACAACUUCUACGAUGUGACAUACACUGCGGACUUCCAGUUUGGCACUCCUCCCCAAUCCUUCCCCGUCAUCGUUGACACGGGCUCUCCGCAGUUCUGGCUGUACUCGGAGAAGUGUGUGGGCUGCGGCAAGGGCCAUGUUGACACGACCAAGUCGUCCACAUUCCACUCCACCGGUCGCAACCUCACCAUCAGCUACGGUGAGGGUGACACCUCCGUUUCGGGCACCUGGGGUAACGACCGCAUCGGCUUUGGCGGCAUUUUCACCGACAAUGCGACCGUGGGCAUCAUGGAUGAGUCCGUGAAGAUGAACUUGCAAGACAUCAGUGCCGGAAUCUCCGGCUGGAGUUGGCCGCUCACCCGCAACGGCACUACACUCGAGCCUCUCCCUUGGGUGCAAGCGACGAAGGGCCAGUGGAAGAACAAGGAGUUCGGCAUGUACCUCAACCGCCAGGGUUUUGGUGCUCAGCUACAGCACGUCAACUCGACGCGCCCGACUGGCGCUCUCACCGUGAACGGCGUCGACCGCCAGUUCUUCGACGGUGAGCUCGAGUACUUCCCUCGCAAGGUGCUGGAUGAGCGCACCCACUUUGCGUGGGGUAUCGAUCUGGACGGCGUGACUGUCGACGGCAAGUUCUUCGACACCAAGGGCAACGGUGCCGUCCUCGACUCGGGCACCACUCUCAUCUACGGCCCGAAGGAUGUCGUCACGGAGAUCUAUAAGCAGAUCCCCAACGCCAUUGACACUGGUGACGGCAUGUUCAUUCUUCCGGACUGCACCACGAACCACACUGUUUCGUUCCGCUUCGGCGGGAAAGAGUUCCCCAUCUUCUCACCCGACUUCGGCUCGGUCAGCCUUUUCGGAUGCCAGGGCGCCAUCACUUACGCUGAAAAGCUCGACUUCAAGAACAACUGGCUUAUCGGAGAUGCUUUCCUCAAGUCUUACUACACCGCGUACAGCUACGACCCCCCUCAGGUCGGCUUCGCCAAGGUCAAGCCCAACCUCUAA